ACAUAUAAAUCAUAAAACAAGAUUUAUUUUAAUCCCACUGAAAUAUUUUGGUUAACUUCACUUAUGUGAAGGGAUUUCUACUUGAACAUCUGUCAAGAAAAAACAUGGACCAGUCCUUACAGCAACCCCAAAACCCAUGAAAGGCUGGCAUGUAAUUCUACAGCUUUUUUCAAGAUUUGGGUGAAUAUGGCUAUUUACAAUGUGUACUACCGCCCUAUGCAAGCAGAUAUCAGGUAUUUUCAUAAGCUUAAAGGUAUAAAACAUUCACUGCAUUACUCUUUUCAAACAAAGGAGGAUGCCUUUAAUGAAAAAAAAAAAAAAAAGAAUCAGUUUUGAUGCCAGUCUGUUGUUUAAACCAAUCUUUUUUUGUCAUAGCUGAAUCAUCAGGUGGUCGCUGGUUGACUGACUAAACUGAUCCCAGAACAGGCGGGUUCUCCAGUACCGCGGUCAGCUCCAAAUCCUGCCUCUUCCUCUUGCAGGCAUCAGAACAGCGUUUCCUUCUUUUUUCCUUCUGCGACCACUCCCCUUUUAAAUUUGCUUUCAUGAGAAACCCUUUUCAUCUGUCACCAACCGCUAGAGUUACAAGUGUUGAACACGACGCAAUCAAGAAGGCUCCACAAAAUCUCAGUUUUUCUUGCUGAGAUUGGCGUGUGCUGCUGCAUAUUUUACCUAGCAGCGUGUAACGUUAAAUCAGACGCGGUUUGAGCCUCCACUUUGCUCUUUCUGCGGCUCUAACUGAUGCAGUUUUAGCUUAACAGUAGUUUAGUCUCCAACACACGGCAGCAUGUUGGAUCCGUCUUCCAGUGAAGAAGAAGGGGAUGAAGUGAUUGAGGUGGAGCGCAAAGAGGUGAAAGCUUCGAAGAACCUCGUAGGACCCGGUCGGCCACCGGGCCGAUCCAUCGAGGAUCAUGGCGACGGAGGGCUUCAGCCCCGGGGCCGCGGCAGUGGCUGUGGCCGUCCUUCCAGCCCCAGCCCUUCGGUGGGCAGCGACAAGGAAAAGGAGGACCUGGAGAAGAUGCAGCGAGAGGAAGACGAGAAGAAAAAGCGACUACAGCUAUAUGUGUUUGUGAUGCGCUGUAUUGCCUAUCCGUUCAAUGCAAAACAACCUACGGACAUGACCAGGAGACAGCAAAAGAUCAGUAAGCUGCAGCUGCAGACCGUCAAAGAUCGCUUUCAGGCAUUCCUCAAUGGAGAAACUCAGAUUGUGACUGAUGAGGCUUUCAUCAAUGCUGUUCAAAGCUACUAUGAGAUCUUCCUGAAAAGUGACCGUGUGUCAAGGAUGGUGCAGAGUGGUGGAUUUUCGGCAAGUGAUUCUCGUGAGGUAUUUAAGAAACACAUAGAGAAGCGGGUACGCAGCCUGCCUGAGAUCGAUGGACUGAGUAAAGAGACUGUGUUGAGCUCCUGGAUAGCUAAGUUUGACACCAUCUAUCGAGGCGAGGAAGACCCAAGGAAGCAACAGCAGAGGAUGACUGCAAGUGCCGCCUCUGAGCUUAUUCUAAGCAAGGACCAACUAUAUGAGAUGUUUCAGCAGAUUCUGGGAAUAAAGAAGUUUGAGCACCAACUUCUCUACAAUGCCUGCCAGCUGGACAAUCCAGAUGAACAGGCAGCUCAAAUCAGAAGAGAAUUGGAUGGACGGCUACAGAUGGCAGAUCAGAUUGCUCGGCUUGGAGGAAGGUUUCCAAGGUUUGUUUCCAGAGAGAUGGAAGCCAUGUACAUUGAGGAGCUGCGUUCCUCUGUCAAUCUGCUGAUGGCUAAUCUGGAGAGCAUGCCAGUGUCUAAGGGGGGAGAGUUCAAGUUGCAGAAGCUGAAACGAGGGCACAACACCUCUAUUAUGGAUAUGGGUCAGGAGGAUGAAAAUCUGCUGUCCAAAUCAGAUGUUGUCUUGUCAUUCACCUUGGAGGUGGUAAUAAUGGAGGUACAGGGCCUGAAGUCCUUGUCAUCAAACAGAAUAGUUUACUGCACCAUGGAAGUCGAAGGAGGGCACAAGCUCCAGACGGACCAAGCUGAAGCCUCCAAACCAAUUUGGGGAACCCAAGGUGACUUCACAACCACCCAGCCAUUACCUGCUGUGAAGGUGAAACUGUUCACUGAAAGCACAGGAGUGUUGGCUUUGGAAGAUAAGGAGCUAGGAAGGGUUUUGCUUCAUCCCAUUCCUAACUGUCCCAAACAGUGUGAGCUCCAUAAAAUGGUAGUCUCUAAAGGCUGCCCAGAUGACCUCAAAAUAAAACUAGCUAUCCGCAUGGAUAAGCCACAGAAUAUGAAGCAUUGUGGGUAUCUUUGGGCAUUUGGUAAAAAUGUGUGGAAAAGAUGGAAGAAGAGAUUCUUUGUUUUGGUCCAGGUGAGCCAGUACACUUUUGCAAUGUGCAGCUACAGAGAGAAGAAGGCUGAGCCGGUGGAGCUUCUCCAGCUUGAUGGCUAUACUGUGGAUUACACCGACCCUCAGCCAGGUCUGGAAGGUGGCCGGACAUUCUUUAAUGCUGUAAAAGAGGGGGACACUGUGAUAUUUGCCAGUGAUGAUGAGCAGGAUCGCAUCUUAUGGGUGCAGGCCAUGUACAGGGCUACUGGUCAGUCACACAAGCCAGUGCCCCCCACCCAGGUCCAGAAGCUUAAUUCCAGGGGGGGCACUGCACCACAGCUUGAUGCACCCAUAUCUCAGUUCUAUGCUGAUCGAGCCCAGAAGCAUGGCAUGGAUGAGUUUAUUUCAGCCAACCCAUGCAACUUUGAUCAUGCCUCCCUGUUUGAGUUAGUGCAGCGCCUCACCUUGGAUCACAGACUAAAUGACUCAUAUUCCUGUCUGGGUUGGUUCAGCCCAGGCCAGGUGUUUGUCUUGGAUGAAUAUUGUGCUCGCUAUGGCGUCAGAGGCUGCCACCGGCACUUAUGCUACCUUAGUGAUCUGCUUGAGAGGGCAGAGAAUGGAGCUAUGAUUGACCCCACACUGCUUCACUACAGCUAUGCCUUCUGUGCCUCCCACGUACAUGGAAACAGGCCAGAUGGAAUUGGUACAGUGACUGUGGAAGAAAGGGAACGAUUUGAAGAAAUUAAAGAGAGACUACGAGUGCUGCUGGAAAACCAGAUAACACAUUUCAGAUACUGUUUUCCUUUUGGACGACCAGAGGGAGCACUAAAAGCAACUCUGUCCUUGCUUGAAAGGGUUCUGAUGAAAGAUGUUGUGACAUCAGUUCCCCAAGAAGAAGUCAAAGCUGUGAUCAGGAAGUGUCUGGAACAGGCUGCCAUAGUCAACUACCAGCGCCUGUCGGAGUAUGCAAAACUGGAAGGAAAAAAGAGAGAGAUGUAUGAGCAUCCUGUCUUCUGCUUGGCAUCUCAAGUGAUGGAUUUAACUAUUCAAAAUGUAGGCCGGUUAGUCACCCCAGCCAAAAAGCUUGAGGACACUAUCCGCUUGUCCGAGCUGGUCAUUGAAGUGCUUCAGCAGAAUGAGGAACACCAUGCUGAGGGAAAAGAGGCCUUUGCAUGGUGGUCGGACCUGAUGGUGGAGCAUGCUGAGACAUUCCUGUGUCUUUACUCGGCCGAUAUGGAUGCAGCCCUUGAAAUUCAGCCACCUGACAGCUGGGACAGUUUUCCCCUUUUCCAGCUGCUCAACGACUUCCUGAGAGUCGAUUACACCUUGUGUAAUGGGAAAUUCCAUAAACAUCUGCAGGAUCUGUACGCCCCUCUAGUGGUACGAUAUGUUGAUCUGAUGGAGUCAUCUAUUGCUCAGUCCAUUCACAGAGGCUUUGAAAGAGAGUCAUGGGAACCUGUAAAUAAUGGUUCAGCAACUUCAGAGGAUCUGUUCUGGAAGCUGGAUGCAUUGCAGACAUUCAUCAGGGAUCUCCACUGGCCAGAAGAAGAAUUUGGCAAACACCUUGAAACCAGACUGAAGCUGAUGUCCAGCGACAUGAUAGAAUCUUGUAUAAAACGGACACGGACAGCAUUUGAGGCCAAGCUGCAGAGAAGCAGCCGGACCACAGAUUUCCGCGUGCCUCAGUCCAUCUGCACUAUGUUUAAUGUCAUGGUGGAUGCAAAGUCCCAGGUAGCUAAGUUGUGUGCCAUGGACUUAGGACAGGAGAGACAAUACCACUCCCAAAUUGACCAUCUGAUUGAGGAGACGGUGAAGGAGAUGAUUACCCUUUUGGUUGCUAAGUUUGUAGUCAUUCUAGAGAGUGUGUUAUCUAAACUCUCUAAAUAUGAUGAAGGAACCCUGUUCUCCUCGUUCCUAUCUUUCACAGUAAAAGCUGCCUCAAAAUAUGUGGAUGUACCUAAGCCGGGGAUGGACAUUGCCGACAGCUAUGUAGCAUUUGUUCGUUAUUCCCAGGACAUGCUUCGCGAGAAGGUCAACGAGGAAAUUUACAUUGAGAGACUCUUUGAUCAAUGGUACACCAGCAGUAUGAACCUUAUUGGAACAUGGCUGACUGACCGCAUGGACCUGCAGCUACAUAUUUAUCAACUGAAGAUCCUCAUCAGGAUUGUCAAAAAAAAGUACCGUGAUUUCCGUCUUCAGGGAGUGCUGGACUCAACAUUGAACUCUACAAUGUAUGAGACCGUAAGAAAUCGGCUGACCUUAGAAGAAGCUACUGCUUCGGUGAGGGAAGGAGGGAUGCAAGGGAUCACAAUGAGAGACAGUGAUGAAGAAAAUAAUGAUAACUAGAUCAAAGAUCUGGUUACUACCAAAAUUUUAAAAUGGUAAGGAACAUUCUACGAAUCUAGGGCCUUUUCUUGACUUCAGAAUAGAAAUCAAACUUUAUUCUUUUUUUUUUUUUCUUUUUUUGUUAAAAGUCUCAUUCUGAUGGUCAAAUAUAUAUAUGUUGCUGUAAAACUUAUUACAAGAGGAGCAUGCAUUAUGUUGAUCAACAACUGCUCCACCAAGUACUAUCAUAAUUUGUCUCC